UCAUGCUGCUGCCAGGUCCACAGUGUCUCAUGGGUCCCUGUACGGCCUCCCAUUGCUGCUCUCUCUAUCGCCACACUCUGCCAUGUGCCACUUUCAGGUCUCCUCACACUGCUGGUGUGUUCCAUUUUGUCAUAGAGUGCUGGCAGAUUACGGUCCUCCCAUUGCUGCUGCCAGGCCCCUAAUCUGCCGUGGGCCCCUGUACCGCCUCCUCAUGCUGCUGCCAGGUCCACAGUGUCUCAUGGGUCCCUGUACGGCCUCCCAUUGCUGCUGUCUCCAUCGCCACACUCUGCCAUGUGCCACUUUCAGGUCUCCUCACACUGCUGGUGUGUUCCAUUUUGUC